AUGCGGUCACCAAGCUACUCUCCUUCUAAUGAAGAGAAGGAUAUCACAGUAAAUCAAGAAGUAGGGAGUGGGGCCGUUACUGUGAAAGAAGAGGAGGACGCGUUCAGAGUGAAAGACGAGGAAGAUAUCACAGUAAAACAAGAAGGGACAGGAGAGAGACGGGACUACCGUGGAUCCUCUGGGGAGCCUCAACAACCUCAUGAUGCUGACAAGGCAGAGAAGAGUCUCUCCAGAUCAGAACCCCCCAAGAAACACCUGCAGAGAUCCACAGGGAAGAGAACUCACUGCUGCUCUGACUGUGGGAAGAGAUUCACCUCAUCAGGCAUUACAAUUCAUCAGCGAACACACACAGGGGAGAAAUCUUAUAGCUGUAAUCAAUGUGGGAAGAGUUUUACUACAUCUGGCUCUCUGACUUUACACCAGAGAACACACACAGGAGAGAAACCUUAUAGCUGUGAUGAAUGUGGGAAGAGUUUUACUCAGCUCAGCAGCCUAAUAACACACCAGAGAAUACACACAGGAGAGAAACCUUAUAGCUGUACUCAAUGUCGGAAGAGUUUUAAUAAUCCAUCCGGCCUGAUAUCACACCAGAGAACACACACAGGAGAGAAAUCUUAUAGCUGUGAUGAAUGUGGGAAGAGUUUUGCCCAAUCUGGAGCGCUGACAGUGCACCAGAGAAUACACACAGGAGAGAAACCUUAUAGCUGUGGUCAAUGUGAGAAGAGUUUUGGUCAAUCUGGAGAUCUGAGAGUGCACCAGAGAACACACACAGGAGAGAGACCUUAUAGCUGUGAUCAAUGUGGGAAGAGUUUUGCCCAAUCUGGAGCGCUGACAGUGCACCAGAGAAUACACACAGGAGAGAGACCUUAUAGCUGUAGUCAAUGUGGGAAGAUUUUUGGUCAAUCUGGCCAUCUGGUAUCACACCAGAGAGCACACACAGGAGAGAAAUCUUAUAGCUGUGAUCAGUGUGCCAAGAGAUACUUUAAUAAAAUAUCUCUGAUCAAACAUCAGAAAAUACAUACAUGAAUGAGUUAUUUCAUGAUAUCAAUGGAAAAUGUCACAAUGUAGAAUGUUUUAACAUUGUAGUAGGAGUAUUUUAAUGACGUCACAAUGUAGAAUCCUAAACAGUUGUCCCCUGUUCUAUUGAUUUCAACAUGAUAUGGAUAUUAGCCUCGGGGAAAAUCCAGGCUCUGAAAUGGAAGAGUAUUAUUUAACAAAAAGUGAUUAACAAAUUUUUUUUUUGUUACACUUACCACGUUCGUGAUCCACUUGAACCUAAAUGCAACACUUCAAAAUGUAUCAAGCUGUUUUCUGCAAGUUGUCCUCUAACCAGGGAUGUAAAAGAUAUCUCCCAUUUCCAUGUGUUUUUUUAGUUGUGUUAGUUUCAACAGCACAUUCAACCUAAUUUCCCCUCUAAUCGAUAUCAGUGAUUUAUUGCUUCUUGUCAAAACAACAGCGUUUUUGGUGCUUGUGCAGUUUAUAAGGAGCUUGUUUUAAAAAAUACAAGAAAUAUGAUUAUUGUGGCAGAUGUUUGUCUAUAUAGCACAUUUUAUGUUUAGGUUUUAAAUUUAUCCCAAACUUUCUGCAUAUUGGUUAUUGAUUUGGAGACGUUAAAACUGUGUUUUGACAUUGGGGAUAUCACACCUAGCAAAAUGUCAUUGAAAAGACGUUGAAAAUAAGACUAUGUAACCGAAUAUUUCAUAUUUACAUUUCAUGUAACAUUUAGUAAUCAUAAUUAUUUAUGCAACCAACUGACAAUUUUUGAUUACAAUUAUAUUGACGUUGUUGCCCUGCUUUUAAAAUAUCAGGGUUAAUUUUCCAGCCUGCUGAAGGUGUGGUGGAGUGGUAAACACCACCCCCUGCUCUCCCAGCUUGAGGUGGUCUCCCACAGCUCUGCUUAUGUCAUGUUCUGUGGCCUUGCCGUUCCAUUUCUUGACUGCCCCUGUAACACAGAAAUAAAUACAUUUAGUCAAAUUAUAUAAAACAUUAAAA